AUGCGAUUCUUCACCAUCGCUACGAUUGCCAUCGCUUUCGUCGUCGCCUCUGACAACAUCACCUCUACAUUUGGGGACAUUGAUGACUCUUCAUCAGACGACUUCUCUUCCGAUGAAACCAUAACCUCCAUCAACCUCAACGCUCAAACACUCGUCGAGGAUGCUCAUCAACAGGAAGAUCAACGUCUCCAAUGCUGGGAGCCAGUCGAUCCAGUCAAUGCGACUAGGGGGUUCAUUCUAAGCAAGCCUAUCUUCACCCUUAGCUCUUACAUCACUCUCAUCAACUCCGAAGGAAACGACUUCGCGUCCUUCGCUGUCAAUGGACUCGAGUCGGAGUAUUAUGAUCCACUGCUCUUGGUGUUCGAAGAUUCAGAGAAGGAUUCCGAGGAGGACUACGAAGCAAUUGUCAUCUGUGCGAUAGAAAAACUCCAACUCCUCAAGCCGCCACUUUCACCAAGCACGGCUAUGAGGUGCCUUUGUAAUGAGUCCGGCUGCAAUGUACCAAAACCACUCGAGGAGUUCCUGAAGUUCAACCGCAAUGUGAUCGAGACGAACAAGAACACUGACUUGUCUGACCACAUGCCGAUUCCGAAUGAUUUCUCUCCUUAA